CACGCUGCGCCCGUACCUGAACGCGGUGCGCGCCACGCUGCAGGCUGCGCUGUGCCUGGAGAACUUCUCCUCGCAAGUGGUGGAGCGGCACAACAAGCCCGAGGUGGAAGUCAGGAGCAGCAAAGAGCUGCUGUUGCAGCCGGUGAUCAUCAGCAGGAACGAGAAGGAGAAGGUACUCAUCGAGGGCUCCAUCAACUCCGUGCGUGUCAGCAUCGCUGUGAAGCAGGCCGACGAGAUCGAGAAGAUCUUGUGCCACAAAUUCAUGCGCUUCAUGAUGAUGAGGGCUGAAAACUUCUUCAUCCUGCGCAGGAAGCCCGUGGAGGGCUACGACAUCAGCUUCUUGAUCACAAACUUCCACACGGAGCAGAUGUACAAGCACAAGUUGGUGGACUUUGUCAUCCACUUCAUGGAGGAGAUCGACAAGGAAAUCAGCGAGAUGAAGCUCUCUGUCAAUGCCAGGGCCCGCAUUGUGGCAGAGGAGUUCCUCAAGAAUGUGAGGCUCUGGAAUGGGAGGGGGCGGGUCCCUGAUUUUGGGAGUGGGGUGUGGCACUCAAAGCCACUGUGGCCCUUGUGCCCAGAGCCCCCCUGUCACCUCAGUGGGGACAGCGGUGACAUUCUACCCAAGGACCGUCUUGGGAACAGGGAGGGGAGGGUGCCAAGGGUACUCGUACCUCCUUUCAGAGAAUGACACAAUUUCUCAGUUGGAAGGGGCCCACAGGGAUCAGCCAGUCCAACCCUUACCCUGCACAGGACACCGCAACAAUCCCACCAUGUGUCUGAGAGUGUUGUCCAAACACUUCUUGGACUUUGUCAGGCUUGGUGCUCACGAAGUGCCAGUUUUGAGACCCCCAGAGUGUGCUCAGGGGCAACAGCAGCCUUGGGGUCUCAGGUCCUUUCGGUGGAUGCUGUGAUGGAUGUGCAGUGCCUGGGGGAGGCAGCGGGAGAAGCUGAGUGUGGAUCUCUGUGAGCACCACGCGGGUGCCAGGAGGGUGGUG